AUGGGAAAAGCAAAAGGCAAUGUAUGGAAACACUGGACAAUUCUUAAUACAAAAAAUCAACCUGAAGCUAGCUAUGAAAACUGUUCUGAAGAUAAUUCUGACGACCAUUCUGAUGACUGUUUUGAAGAAAAUGAUGAAACUUUACCUAAAAAAAACAUUACCAAACCACAUCCUCGUGUUAAGUGUAAUUAUUGUUCAAAAACUUUUGAACGUGGACUUGCUUCCCGAAUACAAAUGCAUCUUAAUAGCUGUUUGAAAGCACCAAAUAAUGCAAAAGCAAAUCUUAAGCGGAAAAAUUCAACUACAUCUGGUAAAUCUACCCAAAAAUAUCAAAAAACUAUGCCGAUUGAUAAUUUUAUUGAUAAUGUAAAUGAAAAUGAACAAGAAACACUCGAGUUUAUGUUAGCACAAGCAAUAUUCGCAACAGGAACAUCAUUUGCUUUUAUAGAAAAUCCAUAUGUUAUUAAGUUCUUUCAACGCAUUCGUCCUGCAUUCAAGUUACCAACUCGAAAAAAAUUAGCAAAUGAAUUGUUGGAUAAAGUAUAUGAGAAUGUAAAAGCUGAAUCUGAUAAAAAAAUUUUACAAGCGCAAAAAGUUGCACUAGUUAUACCAGCUAUUACACGAUGGGGUACACAUCUUGAAUGCUUUCAAUCACUUCAAAAGUCACAAAUUGCAAUUGAGCAAACAUUAAUGGAUUUAAAAAUUCGUCAAACCAUGGAUUCGAAUUUAAGAAUACAUGUGCUGCAAGAUGAAUUUUGGGAAAAUCUUAAUUUAGUAACAGAUAUUUUAACUCCAAUAGUUACUAUAUUAAAAUUAUUCGAAUCUAAUGAGUCUACACUUUCAUCUAUUUAUUCUAACUUCAGAAAGAUGAAAAAUUCUCUUCAAAAAAUUCCUAUUGCUUAUAUGAUGGAUCCACGAUUUUUAGAUGAAAGUAAAGAUUUUAACGUCGAAGCUAUGGGGUAUAAUACAUUUACAACAUAUUGCAAUAACAGAUUUGAACAAAAUAAGUCUGUUAAAUUAUUUGUUGAAUUAGUUACAUUUCGAAACAAAAAUCCUCCUUAUGACAAUGAAAUUAUUUGGAAAUCUGCAAUACACUUACUCCAUCAACCUGUAAUCACUAAAGAGGAUGAUGAGUAUAGUGAAUUUGAUCAAGAUAUAGAGAAAGAAAUUUAUAAUAAUAUUAGCGAAAUUAUUGAUAGUGAAAAUGAAGAAAUUUAUGAAGCUUCUAAUGCAGAUAAUAUAUCAGCUUUUGAAAUGAAUAUUGACGAUUAA